UACACUACACACUAUACAUUAUACACUACACACUAUACAUUAUACAAUAUACACUAUACAGGUACAGAAAGUGAACUGCGUGUGGAUGUGUUUGUGGACACGAUCACCAGAAUAGCAAUCAGGACCACAUCUCUGGAGUUACUGCUGGAGGAGACACCCUCUACUUUUGAGAUUGUGGCUUACGAUGAUGAUGGAAACACUUUUAGUACACUGGAGGGACUAGAGUUCAUUUGGACUAUUGAGCCAGAUGCCGACCACCAAGUCUCAGGAAAUGUACUGAAGAAUAUUCUGUACUCAGACAGCUUUUAUCUCACCCCACCUACCAUCGGAAUUCUAGAAAGUCAGGGGAAACAAGGUGGUAAGAUCCUGGUGCAAGGAAUCAAUACUGGGGUUGCCUGGGUCAAAGCAAGAUUAGCUCACCCUUCCUACAAGGCUGUAGUGGAAGUGUCAGUCCGUGUGGUGGUGAUAGAGAACUUGCUGUUGAAUCCCCCGUACGAUGUGUGGAUGUUGCCGCUCACUCAGAUUCGGUAUAAGGCUGAGAGGAGGCAACACGGCAGAAAAACUGUGAUCGAGUUCCCCUCGGAGCAAUACUCGUUGAAACUUAGCAACACCACCAUCGGAGAGAUCUCAGACGACACUACGGUAACAAGUCUGAUGCUAGGAGACUCUGACGUUAUCCUAGUAGAUAAGAACGUGCAGCACCUCCCUUUGGGCACUCCACCUCACACCACUAUACACGUAGUGCCCCCUACAGCUCUCUUGUUCAAGAUAGAGACAAAGAACUGGAACUUUGAAACGGAUAAAGAGUACACGUUCACAAUCUCAGUCCUUGGACCUAACAACCGACCUGUGUUGAACACGGAUAACAUCAGAAUAAAGCUAACAGUGGAAGACAGUCACAUGACCUUGAUAUCCAGCAACACUGAAGGCACACUGCACACAGUACUGGCUAAAGAUACUGGCUCUGCCAAGAUACUGGCUACUUUAGACAUUCUUAUUCAUCCCAAAACUGGAGAAGAGCACCCUGUAGAGCCCCCAGUGUCAAGUUCCCAGACGGUUGAAAUACGGUCCCCCAUCACAGUAACCCCGGCUGUUGUCAUACUACCACUCUACAAACUGCAACCCUUCACUUACGGGCUGUCAGCGGAGGGUGGAAGUGGAGAGUACAUGUGGUCGUCGCGCGACACGUCGCUUGUUACCGUUACAAAAGAGGGCGUGGUCACGGGCCGUGGUGAGGGCAGGGAGAUGGUGACUGCUAGUGAUGCUAAGAAUACUGAUAACUCCGGUUCCGCUGAGGUUAUAGUAGCAGAACUGUCAGGCCUGACGUUCCUACCGUCCAAAGUAGAAACUCUUGUAGGAUCCACUCUGAGACUCAACCUGGCUGCGUUUAUAGAACUGGAACCAGGCACUAAGCUACCAUUCACUCGUUGUGAUUUAGUUCCUCUGGUUUACAGCCUGUCAAACGACUUGUUUGUGAUGGAGAAGGAAGAGAAACCUGGCGGUGAUCUCGCACAAGGAGUGUGCAGUAUCAUUACUGUAACGGGAGCUCGACCUGGUUCCUCUAUCCUAAAGGUCACGUACGCUACAUCUAGAGAAACAGUGCUCAGUGCUACCAUCGUCAUCGCAGCGUACUUGCCACUUAAGCUGACCUACCCUUCACAUACCCUUAUAUUGACUUUAGGAUCAUCCCAUCUACUGACCCUGUCUGGAGGACCUGGACCAUGGGUUACAGACAAAUCUGGGUACACGGAGGAGAUGCAGAGUGUAGGAGGGGGUUACAGUGCGGACCUCGUCUCAACCAAGGGAGCACAUGGUGUCAGCCAUUAUUUUAGAGUCACGUGUCUUAUUCUGGGCGAGCAGCUAGGAAUGGUGAUAGUGGGGAACAAGAUAACAGCAGAUAACAGAUACCCAGCCACAGAGUCCCUGACUGUGAAAGUGAGAUGUGAAGUACCGGGAAUACUUUCACUUUCUCACAGUCUACCCUCGCCACCUUCAACCUGCCCUUUCUCUGACCAGUUAGCUACGAUGACAAAACAAGAUGUGAAGGUGCAUUUUCUUGUAAAGACACCAGAUGAUUUGCUCUUUGAUAACUCUUCCUCUCUUCUUUUCCAUUUCACCUCCUCUGAUGUUGAAUUGUUGACAGUAGACGUAGAGUCAGCCUCAGGGAUAGAAACAAGCCAAUCUACCUUAGUGUCCCAUCUCCUGGAGAGUAUUGGGAGUGUGGAGCUUUCUGUUACGGUGGAUCAGUAUGAUGAGGUGUACUUGAUCGGGGAUAUGACCACUGAACUGGAAUCUGGAUUAUCGGAAAGUGUUCGGUUUAAGUUGGUUAACGAACUCAGCAUAGAACCAACUUCCCUCACCAUGUUCAACUACGAAGAAGGUUCCAGAGAGGUAACAGUAAGUGGAGGGUCUGGGACCUACUCCUCCACUGUCAACAGUCCGGGUGUGGUCAACAUGUCUGCUGGUGAUUCUUCUCCCAUUCUUAUGACCCCGCAUCUACAAGGAGUGACCACAUUGACCGUGCAAGAUCUCUGCUUACCCCAACAAGCCGCACGAUGUAACGUUCACGUGACCGGACCAGCCGAAGUGGUGAUAAGAACCGUAUCUCAGUUGGAGAUACACAGCUCCGCUCUUCUCAGCCUCUCAGUCAUCGACUCUAACAACAGGAAGAUAUCAUCGGCAGUAUUUCCUAAGCUUGAUCUCCGGCACCAGAUCUCACCAGAUCCUCAUAUCUCGAUACACUCGGCAGAGGACCAGACUUCUUGUGAUGAAUUCUGCACUUUGUACCAAGUAAGGGGUAUCUCUCUGGGUACGUCCACAGUGCAGUUCAGUGUUAGUGGCAGUACCAACGUAGACUCUAACCUUCUCUCUAUCACUGUCUUCCCGCCUCUUCUUCUCUCUCCUUCUCCCCUUGUUCUGGUGGAGGGAGCCGUCUUUCAGCUACGAUACAGCGGAGGUCCCCAACAUGACAGUUCUUUGGAAUUCUCCUCUCUCAACACAACCACAGCCACCAUUAACCAGCGAGCUCUUGUAACCGGAGUGGUGGAAGGAAGUGUUGAAGUUGUGGGGAAGUGUAUCGGAGUUCGCAGUGACAGUGACGUGAUCUAUAGCAAGGCUGCAGUAUCGGUGGAAGUUAUCAAGCUGAAAGGUAUCGAGAUACAAGCCCCGAGUACCUAUAUCAUUGAGAGUUCAGAGAUUCCUCUCACAGUAUGGGGUUCAGAUGGGCUUAGUCCCUUUACAUUCGCCAGUGUUACUGGAAUAGUGUUCACGUGGACAUCCAGUUCAGAUAAAAUCCAGCUCAACAGUCUUUAUCACAAGUCGGGGUACACGGUAGAAGACGAGAAACAGUUUGCUGUUUCGGCUAAAGGGUUGGAGCAAGGGAUAACUGUUAUCAGCGCCACCGCAACGUACACUGAUUCUAACGGAGACGUCAUUGCACUUUCUGAUUCUAUCUCAAUUCAAGUGAUAAGAAAAGCGGUGCUGGUCGCCCCAGCUGGCCCAGACAUUCCAGACCUGAUUUUAGGACCAGGUUCAGUCUACAACAUCAGGACUAACAAGGACCACUCUCACACCGUGCAUUACUCCCUACUUCAAGGAGAUGGGGUCAUCACUGUCCAUACAGAUGGAGCGGCGCAUGCAGAUAAACUAGGUGUAGCGGUUCUAAAGAUAGAUAUACUGGAGGACCACAACGUCAAUCAGACUAUUCUUCUGAACAUACAGGUCAAGACGCCCUUCGCGCUACUACUCGAGGAAUCUACUGCUCCUUCAGGAAUUAAGCGCUCAUCGGAGUAUCCCUACUACACUUUACCCAUGGGUCUUACCGCCUCUUUCGUGGUAAAGACUAAGGAUGACUUGGGACGCCAGUUUGAUAGUCUAUCCAAAACGUCCUACUUUUAUACGUUGAACAGACUGGAUGUUAUUUCUGUUGACAGCGUAGGAACUAACAAUAGCUUGUCUCUGACGGGAUCUAACGUAGGAGAGGGUAUUGUGAGAGUUUACACGGAUACAGGACUGGAGGGGUGGGGUUACAUCAGAGUGUCUUCUCCACUUGACAUCCCCGUCUUCACCCUCCUUCAUCUCUCUACUGUCUGCAUCCCCGAUUUGCAAGGCGAGGAGAAAGGAGAUUGGAGCAGUGGAGACACCAAUAUAGCAACUGUAAAAGGAGGUGUGGUCAGAGGAGAAAACUUAGGUGUUACUGAACUCAAGAAACAGAUAACUUCUUCAACGUACUCCAUUAUCAGGGUGGAAAUAGUGAAAGCGGAGAGCGUGAUUCUAUCCCUCCCAUCCGACACUCUUGUUCUCAGUAACAUAGCCACCUCCCUCACAGUCUCCAAUGCUAGGUUACCCGUCACCAUGACAACUAGUAAACCUCUGUCACAGUUACCGGCCACAUGUGGUGGUCAGCAGAGCGCAAAGGUACCUUUUGAGUGCGCUUCAUCUCACCCUAGUUUGGUUACAGCCUCUGCUGACACAGAAACAGGAUCUUGUAUCGUUACUGCCCUACCUAACACUGCUGUAUCGACCGUAUCUCCGCUGGUGACUGUAAAAGUAAAGGGUGCUGUAUCCAGCUCCAUCCAGAUACCAUUCGUAUCACGUUUUAAGUUAUCUGGAGAGAAGACUUCUCUCUCUUCAGAGAGUCCUACUACUGAUAUCUUCCUUGUGGAGGGAGACUUUUCGCUUGUUCAGGUGACGUUAGACGACAGAGCUGGCGGUGAUCUGAACAUUAUUAAAACCUCGUCUCACUUCCACCUAUCCCUGCUCAACUGGAACACCCAGGCUGUACAUUCUCUCACUUUUCUCUGUCCUACUUCUGGUCAGAAGGAAGUGUACGAAGUACUGAUAACACCCUCAGAACCCGACCUAACUCCACCUCCCAUCAAACUGGAGUUUUCCGAACUUAUCAGCACUCUCCUCCCCACUGUCGUCCUGGGACUCCUCGUCCUUCUAAUCGUCAUUGGGAUCGUCUUCCUAACCACCGCCAGCUACAGACGUCUCAAAUCCACUUCGUCUCAGUGGGACUCGCCCCUAACUAUGAACUCAAUGUUAACUACUCCAGUUAAGAUAGGUUCCCCGUUCAGGCCGGCGUCAGUGACAGUGACCCCUACUAGACUUAAAACACCGCUUUAUACUAAACCUCGGGGGACUCCUGGGAGUAUAUGAGUGCAUGUGCCAUGUUCGCCCGCACCCUUCAUCCGCAAGAAUAAAUGUAUUAUUUGUGGUGUUUUAGUCGUUAUUUGAAUCAUUUGGUGUGGCUGGGAUCGAAUAUUGAAUAUGGUGGCAGUGUGAAUAUUAGUUCAUGUAUCGUUUUCAAACUGAUGCGAAGCAAAUAUUUCAAUUUUACUGACGGUUUUAGGAUUGCUUUUAUUUUUAUAAUUUCAUUUAUACUGAAAUUGUAGUUGUACUUACAGCUGACAUGGUUCUUAUUUAAAUGUUGCUACAAUUAUUUUGAUUACAAAUUCUUUUAUUUAGUACAUUGGAUU